CGGAGGGAGGCGGGAAGAGCGCGGCACUUCCGCUGGCCGCUGGCUCGCUGGCUGCUGGAGCGGGCGGAGGUGGGAGCGGAGGGAGUGCGCGGCCCGGGGACUCGCAUUCCCCGGUCCCCCCUCCGCCCCACGCGGCACGACCAUGGACACCAGAUGGUGGGCAGUGGUGGUGCUCGCCGCGCUCCCCUCCCUGGGGGCAGGUGGGGAGUCACCCGAAGCCCCUCCGCAGUCUUGGACACAGCUGUGGUUCUUCCGCUUUUUGGUGAAUGCUGCUGGCUAUGCCAGCUUUAUGGUACCUGGCUACCUUCUGGUGCAGUACUUAAGACGGAAGAACUACCUGGAAACAGGCAGGGGUCUUUGCUUCCCCUUGGUUAAAGCCUGUGUCUUUGGCAAUGAGCCCAAGGCUUCAGAUGAGGUGACCCUGACUCCCCGGACAGAAACAGCAGAGACCAGCCCCUCUUGGCAAGCCCUGAAGCUGGUCUUCUGUGCCUCGGGGCUCCAGGUAUCCUAUCUGACUUGGGGUGUACUGCAGGAAAGAGUGAUGACCCGCAGCUAUGGGGCCACAGCCACAUCACCUGGUGAGCGCUUCACAGACUCCCAGUUCCUGGUGCUAAUGAACCGUGUGCUGGCACUGCUCGUGGCUGGCCUCUACUGUGUCCUCUGCAAGCAACCUCGACAUGGGGCACCCAUGUACCGGUACUCCUUUGCCAGUCUGUCAAAUGUGCUCAGCAGCUGGUGCCAAUAUGAAGCACUCAAGUUUGUCAGCUUCCCCACCCAGGUGCUGGCCAAGGCCUCCAAGGUAAUUCCUGUCAUGCUGAUGGGCAAGCUGGUGUCUCGACGCAGCUACGAGCACUGGGAAUACCUGACUGCUGGCCUCAUCUCCAUUGGGGUCAGCAUGUUUCUGCUGUCUAGUGGACCAGAGCCCCGCAGCUCCCCAGCCACCACACUGUCCGGCCUCCUUUUACUGGCAGGCUACAUCGCAUUUGACAGCUUCACCUCGAACUGGCAGGAUGCUCUGUUUGCUUAUAAGAUGUCAUCUGUGCAGAUGAUGUUUGGGGUCAAUUUAUUCUCCUGCCUCUUCACAGUAGGCUCACUACUGGAGCAGGGAGCCUUACUGGAGGGGACCCGCUUCAUGGGACGACACAGCGAGUUUGCUGCCCAUGCCCUCCUCCUCUCCAUCUGCUCUGCCUGUGGCCAGCUCUUCAUUUUCUAUACCAUUGGGCAAUUUGGGGCUGCUGUCUUCACCAUCAUCAUGACUCUCCGUCAGGCCAUUGCCAUCCUCCUCUCCUGCCUCCUCUACGGUCACACUGUCACUGUGGUGGGAGGACUGGGAGUGGCUGUGGUCUUUGCUGCCCUCCUGCUCAGAGUCUAUGCUCGGGGCCGCCUCAAGCAGCGGGGCAAGAAGGCUGUGCCCACUGAGCCCCCUGUGCAGAAGGUAUGAGGUGUGGCCUUUGUAGCUUCUCAGAGGCUCCAGUUCAGAGGGCAAAAAGUGCUAUUUCCUCAGUAUCACUGACCAACCCUACAGUGGGGCUUGGAGGCAGCCCUACCUUUUGCCUUAAGAGCCCCACUCCUCCAAUAGGCUGGUUCUUUUGCACCCCAGGAUGGAGGUGACACUAGGGAGGCAGCGGUACUUCACACACUUGACAUGGUGGUACUGCCACCGACACCUCACCUGUGUCCCCUUACCCUGAAUUCACCCUCAAGACUAUCAGGUAACUGCAGUCUUGGGGAAGAGAAGCACAGUGUUCAUAAAGUCCCCAUGCUGGUUCCCGGGGCUAGUGGUGAUCUGUGCCAAGACAACACACCACAAUUUCCAAGGGCCUAGGCUCUGUCCCAAGAGCCACUUGCAGGUUUUGAUACUUUGGAAAUGCCACCUUUUGCUUUUAUUAAAACUGCUGCAGUGGACUUGGCCCUGUGU